CCCAAAAAGUAUCUGAUGUGGAUGCGUGGUGCGGAGUAAUGUAGUGCGCAAAGGGAAUUUUAGUGCGGAAUUACGAUUUGCAUCAAAUUUUUAUGAAAAAUGAUAUUUAUUGUUUUAAUGAAUGUUUUGAAUCAUUAUUAUGCUCUUACUGAAUAUAUUAUACUAAAAUAUCAAAUUAGUUUUAACAAAAGGAGUUUUGAAAUCAUACUGGCAACGCCAGUUUUUAUUUCUAAAGCUGCAGUUUCAAAUCUGGCUACAGAAAAUCUGCAUUAACCAUUUCCCUCGUGUUCGCACAUCUCAUCCCAUUAAAUUAAAAAAGAUGAAUGCUGAAAAGUUAAGUAAGCUGCAGGCUCAAGUACGAAUUGGUGGAAAGGGCACUGCUCGGAGGAAGAAGAAGGUUGUACACAGGACAGCUACUACAGAUGAUAAAAAACUACAAAGCUCUUUAAAGAAAUUAGCUGUUAAUAAUAUUCCUGGUAUUGAAGAAGUUAAUAUGAUUAAAGAAGAUGGUUCAGUUAUUCACUUUAAUAAUCCUAAAGUUCAAGCAUCUUUGGCUGCUAACACAUUUGCAAUUACUGGUCAUGCUGAACCAAAACAAAUCACAGAAAUGCUUCCGGGUAUUUUGAACCAACUGGGAGCUGAAAGCCUCACACAUUUGAAACGACUGGCCACAAUGCAAACAUCAACAGGUAUUUUGGGGCCUAUUUCUGAACAAACAAAUAGUGGUAUUGAUGAAGAAGAAGACGAAGAAGUGCCAGACUUAGUCGAAAAUUUCGAUGAACCGUCUAAAGCUGAAGGCGUGUAAAUUUGCGAGUAUAGCCGCGAUGAAGGAAAAAUGUCCUGUAUUAACAACUCUGUAAUUUUAUUGAUAUAUGGUAAUGAUACCAUGACUUCGUUUUCAAAAUUUGUGUAUUGAACUGUGCGUAGUAAAAACAUGUUUGUAUGAAUUUUUGUCUUGUUAUUGUUGUAUUUCUACUAUGUCCAACUAAGCUGCUCUAAAGUCAAUAUGAAUGCGAGGACUGGAGAUAUCAACAAAAUAUGUUGAAAAUUAAUAAAAAUGUUUUUGCUUUA